CACGCUGAUAUGGUCCUCAUCGAUGAGGAGGGUGGCAGUGCUCAUGCUCAAAUAUACCCUCCACUCGCUGCCGUUUUCAAGCCCAUGAUAAAGGAGGGCAAUGUCUACAACAUCUCCUACGUUCAGAUCAGGAAAGCAAAUAGGAUGUACAAGCCUGUUGACAACGAUAUCAUGAUCGGUUUCACAAAAUGGAUUGUUUGCAGCCUUGACAAAUCUGCAGUCUGA